AUGGCCAAACAAUCAAAUUAUGUAAUUAUAGACACCGACUGCGGUAUUGACGACGCGUUGGCUCUAAUGGUGGCAUUUGAUUGCCAUAAACGGAGAUUAAUUGAAAUCCUGGGCAUAACAUGUGUGUACGGAAAUGUUAUGGUCGACAAAGUGGUCAGAAAUGUAUUGUUAACGCAACGGCUCUUUAAUCUUAAAAAAGACAUCAAAGUAUACAAAGGAUGCGGUAAUCCAUUGAUGACAAAACUAGGCUUUGAAGACGGUUUUAUGGGCGCCGACGGACUCGGAAACAGUACCGAAACGAUGGCUCCGAUAGACGUUAAACACGAGAGCGAAGACGCGGCGCACGCUUUGGUCAGAUUAGCCAAACAAUACCCAAAACAGAUCAAACUGCUAACUCUGGGUCCGGUCACUAACAUAGCGCUCGCCCAUCACAUCGACCCACAGUUUUUUGAUAAUUUGGGUCAAGUGGUGUCAAUGGGCGGACUACUGGACACGAUGGGCAAUGUCGGCCCCACCACUGAAUUUAAUUAUUUCAACGAUCCCGAAGCGGUGCAAGUAUUACUGGCCAAUAGUCAGUGUCCCUUAAUUAUUGUGCCCUGGGAUACAUGCCUUAAGCUCAGAAUGCCAUGGAAUAUAUUUGACGAGAUAAUAAACUCUGGUAAAGACCGGGGACAUUUUAUACACAAAAUCUACGAAAAUCAAACACAUCAUAAAGUAUUUGGCCGGUCCAGUGAUGGUGUAGUUCUAUGCGAUAUAACUGUUGUAAUCGCCGCUCUCUUCCCGGAGUUGGUGUCGUUGAGUAGUGACUAUCCGGUGGCCAUUGAAUUGACUGGACAUCUGACGAGAGGACAGUUAGUGGUCGAUAGGACGGGACGGACGCAACGGAAACGGUUUACUGGUCACCGAAACGCUCAGUUUAUGACCGACAUGAAUGUGCCCCAUGUUAUUGAAUUGCUUAAGCAAAUGGUUCACAAUUGA